AUGACAUUCAGUGUAGAAAUAAGCUUAUCCGGCGAUCUACCGGAAUACUACCUGCUACUCGAACUGCUAGAAGCAUAUAUGAUCUUACUUGAUAAAUCAGAUGUGCUUUACCGAUGGAAGGAAUACCAAGUAAUACACUCUACUGCAGAUUCAAAAAUGAUAUGA